AUGGAAGAAGUGAAGAUCAUUCUAUUGGGCGAUUCAGGAGUAGGUAAAACCAGUCUUAUUACAAGAUUCAUCAGCGAUGAUGACGACAGUUUUGCGCGAAAGAACAGCGCACCACGCAGUUCUCAAUUCGACCCUGACGUCAAAGCAAAAGAAGUGGAAAUAAAUGGAAUAACUAUAAAAGCUCAUUUCCACGACAGUCCUGGGAAAGACACUUCAUACUCCUCUCAUAGCAUCGCACCCAAUUUUUACCGCAAUGCUGAUGCUGUUAUUUUAGUAUACAGUGUGAAUGACCAACACACUUUAGAAGCACUACAAGAUUGCUUUGUCACUGAAUAUGCAACAUAUGCUGACAUUUCAGCGACAUCUUGGAUAAUCGUGGGUAACAAAAAUGACCUUCCUUUGGAUAUCGAAAAAAGUGUACUUGACGAUCUCAGUCGAUGUCUGGGAAAGUCUGUUGCGUUAUUUGCUUCAGCCAAAACAGGUAAAAAUGUCAAAGAGGUAUUACAUAUUGCAGUGAAGAAAGCACACGAAAGACGCAAGCAAAAAGAAGGAACAUUUAAUUUAAAAGAAGAAAGACAGUCAAACAGAGGAGGCCAGGGUGGAUGUUGUGGAAGGAGAUGA